UGGCGCUUGUUGCAAUGUGCUCGCCAAGCAGGCUGCGUGAUGGCUGGCUGGGCUAAACACUUAGCGGGAAUUAAGGGAGUGGUGUUAGACAUCAGCGGGGUGCUCUAUGAUAGUGGAGGCGAAGGAGGUGGAGUCCCCAUUCCUGGAUCUAUAGAAGCUGUAAAGAAGAUCAAGACAUCUGGUCUGAAGCUGCGGUUUUGCACCAAUGAAACUCAAGCAACUCGUGAAAAGUUUGUAGAGAAGUUGCAGCGAUUGGGCUUUGACAUUGCAGUAAAUGAAGUCACUGCUCCAGCACCAGCAGCAUGCCUCAUUCUCAAGGAACGUAACCUGAGGCCACACCUUCUUGUACAUGAUGAUGUCAUUCCUGAAUUUGCUGAUGUUGAUAAAGCAAACCCCAACUGUGUGGUAGUUGGUGAUGCAGCAGACAACUUCUCUUACAAAAAUCUUAAUGAAACCUUUCGAGUUCUCAUUGGCCUGGAGAACCCAGUUCUAAUAUCUCUGGGAAAGGGGCGCUAUUAUAAGGAAACUGAUGGCUUGAAGCUUGAUGUUGGAGUAUAUAUGAAGGCACUGGAGUACGCCUGUGAUAUACAAGCUGAAGUGGUGGGGAAGCCAGCCAAAAUGUUUUUCCAGUCAGCAUUAAGAGAAAUGGGUGUAGAACCACAUCAGGCCAUCAUGAUUGGGGAUGAUAUUGUGAAUGAUGUUGGAGGCGCACAGCAAUGUGGCAUGAAAGCUCUCCAAGUACGGACGGGGAAGUACAGCUGGAGCUUUUUAUACAAAGGAACAGAAAGAAAAACACUUGUUAGGCCUUGUGAUGAGCAGCAUCCGAAAGUAAAGGCAGAUGGUUAUGUGGACAACUUGGCAGAAGCUGUGGAUGUUAUUCUAAAGCAGCUGUGCGAGUAACUGGAUAUCAGAAGAUGGGUGAAGUCAGAAAGAUGUCUGAUUUUUGGCGUUACUGUGUUAAUCUCUGUUCAGUUCACUUUCAUAUUUUGCCCAGUUUUAUGCAGUAACAAUUAAUAUGGAGCAACUAGUAGCACUGCCAGUUUACCUUAGAAGUCUAAUUUUUUUUUUAAAAAAUGUGUAAUUGCAAGUAACUAAAGUGAAAUAUUAACCAGAACAAAACGUGCCUAUUUACAACACUGUAGAAUCUUUUGAAUCUGAAAUUAUCUGUUUGGGAUAUAAAAAACCGUACUGUAUCUAUGAGUAAAUAUCUGUGCCAUGUAUCAGUUGGGCUGAGACCUGGUUCAUGAGCUGGAUUUGUUUUCCUGUUUCCUGGAAGAAAGCCAGCAGAGAGGAGUUGUUGUCACUAUGCUGAAGGAAUUAAUACAGGCCUAGGCCUGUGAUCCUUACAUGCAAACAGCAAUAUUCUUGGGUUGCCUUCUGUUCUUAUGGUUUUCUAUUGCAGCAAAAGCAAUAUCCUAAGGGUGAAGGCAGAUGUACUAGGGCCUCUUUAGAAGUGGCCUCGUUGCCCUAACUCCAAAUGUACCUUUCUUCUCCAGGGUUGAGCAAAUCUGCAAGUUUGCAGCACAAGUGUGGUACUGAAUGACCUGCAACUGUCAUUCUGUAACUUCAGCAAGAAAUCUCCCCACUACCAACCUCAGAACUUGUCUUCUUUCUUUUUUAAAAAAAGGAAGCAAAUAAAUUGAUAUGUAUUGUAUAUAAAUGUACAUGCAGAGGUUCUUAAUAUUUUACAAAAGACAUUCUGCCUGAUGCAUGAAGUAGGGUGAGACAGACAGCCGAGCUAGCCUUGUAUUCUUUGGCAUACACAUCUGUUCUUUCAUGCGGGAAGCUGGGCUCACCUUAUAUCUCGGAGACCCACUAUGGGCUCUGUUAUGUCAGUCUUCCACUAUAAAAGUAGUACUUGUUCUCAGAUAACUGAAUGGGUGGUUUUGGAGCUGGUCCACAUAAUAGUCUGGGGCAAUUUUUGUUUGGUGUACCUCUGGCAUUACCCUGUAAGGGAACCAUGCUUAGGUCAGCAUCCAGAACUUUUGAAGAAGGGGAUCCUAUAUUUUUCCAUGGAUGUUGUUCGGUCAAUGACAUGAAUUCUGUUCCCAUUCAUUUGAGAAAUGCACACAUUUGCGUUUGCUUUUCUUGCCUGGGAGGAGAUUUAGACUUCCAUGAUUAGACUGCUGAUAUCUAAUCACAUUGCUUUAUUUUUCUAAGAACAGCCUUGCAUGUUGAGAACUAUCUUCUAGUGGUUGGAAGCUGAACUGAAAGUGAUGGUGUUGGUUUUCCCAAUUUCAAAAUGAAGCAACUAUGUCCUACUAUGUACUCACUGCUCCAAAGUUGUCUUGUAUUAGGAAGAUAAUAAAUAAUAAUAAAUGAUGAAUAAAACUGUUUGGCAAACCUUA